CGGUUUGACGCUAUGCUAAUGUGGUUAGUCUGACUGGGUCUGGGCUGAAGUUACACGAACGGCAUUUGUUUUUGUAGCGACUUUUCGGUUAUUUCAAAGUAUGUAGUUAAAAUGAAACGGCGUCUGUGGAGUUCCGAGGCCGUUAUGUGGGUUAUCUGAGUCGUUGUUUGGUAGAUGAAUCGUUUUUCGGGAACCAAACAGGAACCAGGUACAAACAAUGGAGGACAGCGGCGGUGGGAGGAAAGCCUUGUCCCAGGCUGUGGUCCCUUCGGCCGGCAGGGCCGUGGUCCCCCGGCAGCAGCCCGAGGAGAAAGGAAAGAUCAACAAACGUGUUCUGGAUGAAGAGGAGUAUAUAGAGAAUCUAGAGAAGAUCAUCCAAAGAGACUUCUUUCCAGAUGUGACAAAGUUACAAGCACAGAAAGAUUACUUGGAAGCAGAAGAAACUGGGGACAUUGAGAGGAUGAGGGAGAUCUCCAUCAGAUAUGGGUCAUCUUUAGCCAAAUCAACACCUCAGUCGUCUGUUCCUUACGUCACUCCUGCCAGUUUUGAGACACCGGUGGAUCGCUCAGACUCUCCGUCUUCCACUCAUGGAAGACAUAAUCCUGCAACUAAAGGAACCAGUGAUGAUGUGAAGGAAGAGAAAGAGCUGCCGUCUCUCGAUCAUUUUUUGGCCAAAAACACCAGUGAGGAUAAUGCAUCAUUCGAACAGAUCAUGGAUCUGGCCAAAGACAAAGAGAGGCUGAAGCAUGCCUGGUUAUAUGAAGCUGAGAAUGAAUUCAAAGAGCGCCACAAACAGAACCUGGCCUUACCAUCAAUGGAGAAGGCAGCUCUUGAAUGUGUCAAAGCCGGGCUGGAGACGUGGGAGUACAAAGCCAAGAAUGCACUCAUGUAUUAUCCAGAGGGAGUUAAAGAUGAUGAAGCUGUGUUUAAGAAGCCAAGGGAAGUGGUUCAUAAGAACACCCGGUUUUGUGCAGACCCGUUCAGCAAAGCUCUGAAUAAAAGCCAGAUUCAACAGGCUGCAGCCCUCAAUGCACAGUUCAAACAGGGUAAAGUGGGUCCUGAUGGGAAGGAGCUCAUCCCUCAUGAAUCUCCAACAGUCAAUGGAUACGGCUUUGAAAGGACUCCCUCUCCUGCUCCCGGUGUGGCCGAGUCGCCUCUAAUGACGUGGGGUGAGAUUGAGAGUACGCCGUUCCGUCUGGACGGGUCAGACACUCCCUGUGUGGAGAGAAACCAUGGACCAUCAUUUAAGAUCCCUGAACCAGGAAGGAGAGAAAGAUUAGGUUUAAAGAUGGCUAAUGAAGCUGCAGCUAAAAACCGAGCAAAGAAACAAGAAGCACUGAGGAAGGUCACCGAGAACCUGGCAAGUCUUACACCUAAAGGCGUGAGUCCGGCGCUGACCCCGGCCCUGCAGAGACUCGUCAACCGGACGUCUAACAAAUACACGGACAAAGCCUUAAGGGCCAGUUACACACCCUCGCCUUCUCACCGAGUCAUUGGCUGUAAGACUCCUUUUGGUGGCGCAUCGACUCCUUCAGUAACGCCGACGCCAAACAAAGCUAAGACUCCCAGCGCUCAGGACGUCACCUCCCUCACAGAUAAUCUACUGCAGCUUCCAAAGAGGCGCAAAGCCUCCGACUUCUUCUAAACCACACAACUGUUUGUCUGCUGGGACUGAAGAGCAGAUCACCACAAUGACAAUAAACUCUGUUCUGUUCUAUUGACUGUAUAAAACUUUACCCUUUAGUCAGUCUUUUGUGUUUUGUUGGACACAGAAAUGUACAGAAUUUUUUGACUGUUUUAUGAUACAUUUGUUAUAAGGAUGAGUUUAUUUUCACUUUUAUUUCUAUUGUUCAAACAUCCAGGAUUCAUAAAGAUUUCUACACUUGUUUCCUCAAACUUCAGUUAUCAGACUUAAUUGGUAUUUUUCAUUUUAGUAUUUCCUAAGAGCCAACAUACAAUAGAAUCCCCAUGUGUCACCCCUUCUGCAUUUCUGUUUGAGUCUUUUUACAACAGUGUUUUAAAAUUAUGUUACUCCAGGCCACGUUUUCAUAACUGGUUUUACUCGUGGUUUCAGACAGAUGAGUGUAAAUAAUUACAGGUGUAUUUCUUUCUAGUCCGUGUGUUCCCCCAUCCCUCUGUCUGUCUUGUUUCAGGAGUGGAACUGGAAACCAUGUGAUUUUUUUUUUCUACCAAACCUUUAGUUCAUCAGUUAUAUAUUAGAAGGAUGUCUCUUCUAUUUUCUGCGUUCCCAUUGUCGGUAAAGCCUUGGAAAGCAAGUAAUGACAUCUUAAGGAAAUUCUCAGCUUUUUAGUGAAAUUUGUUAUGUUGAGAUCAGAAUUGCUCAUAGGUUUUUUUUCAUGUCUUCAGGAAUAAAUGAAAUAUGUUUUUAAAGCUGAUCAUUUGAAAAUGUUCGGAAACUGGAGGUUCACACUGAUCCAUCCGUGAGUUUGUUCUAUCAUGAGAAUAAUCCUGUUAGAUUUAGACAAAAACACUGAAUUAAAAUUUAAAAACAGUGAACAUCAGCUGUUUUACUCAGUUUGUGGAUGCGAAGGUGCAUGGAUGGAUUUGGUUGUUUUUAAAAGACUAAAAUCAAUACAGUUUUUCAUAAUUUUAGAACUGUAGUAUCACAAUAUUAAAUAUCUUUGUAAGUCAAUAGUUAGACUGGUUAGUGUUUUGUUUUCAUACUAUAAUUAAGUCCAUGGUUGUAAAAAUUUUACACAGCCCAGCCAAAAAAGUCUACAUCUGGAUUUAACUCAAUAAAUAUUAGUUAAUAUUUAACGAAUAGUAAUAACAUUAGUAUUAAUAUUCUUCUUAAACUCAGUUGUGAAUAUAGUUUCUUAGAACUGUUUCAGAACAGUCUUCGGACUUCAAGCAAAGAAAACAGCCAUGGAGAUAAAUUAACUUUAUUCAGUCAUCAGGACAAGGUCUACCCCCAAAUGUAAUUCAGCUGUAGAUAAAACUACAUUUAGUGUCA